UAAAAUAGAAAAAAAAAAAAAAAAAGCAAAGACCAAAAAAUUGAAUCAGUUUGGUCCGUCUGAUAGAAUUUCCAAAUUAAAGCGCAAAUAUCACGAGAAAAAUGAUUUUUAUCUAGUCUCCUUUACAAUAGCACUUUGUUUUCUGCUCUAUCUUCUUUCUUUUGUUCAAUCUGAGGAUAAGGAGUCUGUUAAAACGUCCAAGAGAGGGUAUUACAUGGGUCGUGAGAUGCCGAGGGAGUGAAGAAGAUGCAAAUAAAUAAAAAGACAAAAUAUUUGAGGAAUUGCUUCAAAAUAUUCAAGGCUUUUUUUAUGAAGCUCUUACCGGAUUCGCAAAAAUCUAGAAGGACUUGACUUUGGAGUCUCUACUCCUUAGUGCCCCAGUCUUUACUCCCUAUUAAGUUUGUGUAUCUAGUUAAUGUGGAAACAGUCGACUUCCCUAUUGAGUUUGUGUGUUUUGCACUUUGCUUCACGGUUUCGAGAAGAAUGCUUUUGUUGACUAAUCAGACUAAAACGAAAAAAGAGGAUCGCACGGACUACGCACUGUCAAACCUUUUAAUUCAACUUCAAACUAUAUACCCACGCGAGUGGUUCAUUGAAGAGGAAUACUGUGACGUUUGCAUGGGCCCGAUAAGGUUUAUAGCAACCUGCUGAUUGUUCUUACAAUGGUUGAUGGGACGGUGAAAAUUCUGGAUCGUUGAAUGUUUAGACAAGUCACCUUUGUCCCCAAUUUACGCAAGGAAAUUCACAAGCUUCAAAAUGUGCGUCUACUUCGAUAUUGACAGAAGUUUGAGAACAAUUGAACUUGGACUUGAGCACUAUACAUAAGAGUAGCAUUUAAUGUUCAUUACUGUUUUAAAUCCUAUUGGGAUGCCCAUGGACAUUAGAACCAGAAGCAUUUGUGCUUUAUUAAAUGGCUCCAUGUUCUUCUUCCUUUUCAUCUUCUUAUUCAGCUUGCUUCCUUCACAUUAUCAUUGUGCUGAAGUUGAUCAGAUAACUCUUUUGCAACCGUUAGCGCAGAGACAAAUUCUAGUUUCCCCUGGCCACAUUUUUCAGUUAGGCUUCUUCAGUCCUAAUAACUCUGGUAAGAAGUAUGUGGGGAUAUGGCACAAAGAUAUAUCUCCGCGUAAAGUUGUAUGGGUGGCCAACAGAGAAAAGCCUCUUGCAGUUGCAGACACCUCAGCGAGUUUGACAGUUACUAGCAAUGGCAAUCUGAAGCUUGUAGAUGGGAAACAAAACUCUAUAUGGUCUACUAAUAUUGCUUCUUUGGUGUCAUCAUCAAAUACUAGUUCAGUUGCUGCAGUUCUCUUAGAUAAUGGAAACUUUGUUGUCAAUGAUCAUCUGGGAGCUGAGUUAUGGAAGAGCUUUGAUUAUCCUGGUGACACAAUCUUGCCAAACAUGGUGUUGCGAGACAAUAAAUCUGGAAAGGGGCACAUCUUGAGCUCUUGGAAAGCAGAGAAUGAUCCAUCACCAGGGAAAUUCUUACUUGGAUUGGCCCCACAGGCGCCGUCACAAGUGUUCAUUUGGAUCAAUAAUGGAUCAAAUGAUUCACAUUCAAUUCCCUACUGGAGAAGUGGUCCAUGGGAUAAGUCGAGUUUCAUUGGUGUACCAGAAAUGGAUCGUCGAUAUAUAAAUGGCUUUAGUGUGGAUGAUAACUUAAAGCAGGGCACAGUGGAUUUCUCUUAUAGUUUAUAUGACAAACCUGUGGCAUAUAUAUACAUCUCUCCAGAAGGAAUAGUGAGGAUUAGAUUUUCAAAGAAUGAUGGGAAGUGGUAUGAUCAUUGGCAGACUCCGAAGAAUCCAUGUGACAUCUAUGGAGCUUGUGGACCUUUUGGAGUUUGCAAAUCUUCUGCAUCUCCAAUCUGUAAGUGUUUGAAAGGUUUUGUACCGAAGUCAAAUGCGGAAUGGAGCAAAGGAAACUGGACAAGAGGGUGUAUGAGGCAGACAAAAUUGUUUUGUGAGAGACAAACAAACAAGUCAGUCUCAUCAAGAGGAGAAAAAGUUGAUGAUGAUGGGUUUUGGAAGACGGUGAGGUUGAAAAUACCAGAUUCUCAUGAGUUCAUUACUGCUCUCAAUGCUAAAGAAACGUCCAACGAUUGCAAAUUACGCUGCCUAAACAACUGCUCUUGCCUUGCUUAUGCAUUUGUUAAUAAUAUAGGGUGUUUGGUAUGGUCCAAAGAUCUUAUUGAUAUACAACAGUUUUCGGCGUCUGUCGACGGAGUAGAUCUUUAUAUUCGCCUAGCACGCUCUGAACUUGGUGAAGGAAAGCCAAUAAAGUUAAUUGGCAGCCUUACAGCUAUUGUUUUUGUGAGUAUCUUGGCAGCCAUAGUAUUCGGUUUUUACAGGAGGCGAGCUAACCAGAAGAGACAGACUCAGAACUUUGAAUCGAGUGGUAUGAUUAAGAGUUCAAGAGAUGGUCUCCUAGAAUAUAUAGGAAAGCAUGAUCCCUUAGAGCUACAGAUAUAUGAUUUUGAUAGCAUACUAAUUGCCACAAAGAAUUUCAGUGUCGCAAACAAACUCGGGCAAGGAGGAUUUGGCCCAGUUUAUAAGGGUAUGCUACAAGACGGGAAAGAAGUAGCAGUAAAGAGACUAUCUAGUAGCUCAGGACAAGGCAUUGAAGAGUUCAAGAAUGAGAUGUUGUUGAUCUACAAUCUUCAACAUAAAAAUCUUGUUAGGAUCAUGGGUUGCUGUGUUAAAGAGGAUGAGAAGUUACUGAUUUACGAGUUCAUGCCAAACAAAAGCUUGGAUACUUUUCUAUUCGAUACGAGGAAGAGAGCAGUUCUUGACUGGGCGACUCGCUUUAAUAUUAUUCAGGGUGUUGCUAGAGGGCUUCUCUAUCUCCAUUAUGAUUCGUAUGUGAAGGUGAUACAUAGGGAUCUGAAAGUCAGCAACAUUCUCUUGGAUGAAAAAAUGAAUCCAAAAAUUUCAGAUUUUGGAUUAGCACGAAUAAUUGAAGGAACACAAAAUCUAGAAAAUACUCAGAAAGUUGUUGGAACACGUGGCUAUAUGUCUCCAGAGUAUGCCAUGGGGGGGAUAUUUUCUGAAAAAUCCGAUGUCUACAGCUUCGGAGUCUUGGUCUUGGAGAUUAUUAGCAGUAAGAAGAAUACCCGAUUCUGUUUAUAUGACCAACAGCUAGGCUUUCUAGCUUAUGCAUGGAACUUGUGGAAUGAAGGUAGAGGGUUGGAGUUGGUAGAUGAAAUUUUGGGCGAUUCAUAUUCCUCAACGGAAGUAAUGAAAUGCAUGCAUAUCGGGCUUCUGUGUGUACAAGACAAUGCUGUGGAUAGGCCAACCAUGGUGGAUAUAGCUUUGAUGUUAAGUAGUGAGAAAGAUGGUCCACAACCCAAGCUGCCUCUAUUCACUAUCCAAAUUUCAGCUUUUCAUCAUCAACCACAUUCUGAGAAUACUAAUUCCUCCAAAAAAGAAGCUAGCAUUACAAUGAUUGAAGGACGAUAAGGGGCAGCAAAUUGUUACAUCACAAUACAAUUCCUUUUCGUCAUUCUAAAGGGCUCACGUACAUAUUGAAGCUUUUCUAUUUGGUGUAAAAAAAAAAAAAUUGUUUCUCUUGUGGUAGGUAGUAUAUGAAUGUCUUUUCAUAAAGAAGAUGCACCUUGAUUGGUGUGACUACACUUUGUAUUGACAAUUUUUUAUACAAGAAUAAAGUUUUCACCACGUGAUAUUUUUUCAUGGAUAUAAUUUCAACUUUUGAAAUCGAUUCUU